CAGUCAUUCAGUCGGCAGACGGGCAGCAUCUCAGGUCGUCCGAGGCUGCCUAGCGAUCACCUGCUGCCGGCCCCUUUCCUCCCGACGUCUUCGGCGGGCUUCGACGUCCUCACACCGGCAGCAACAAAAGCGGACACCUGUCGCUCUUCCGGUCGGACAAUGGCAGGACGAUGGAGAUCUCGUCUGGUGCUGCUGUUGGUCUACGUCAUCGCGUUACACACAAGGUCCAACGGCGAUUCCAACGCGACACGCAAAGACAUCGCAACGUUCACCAAGAUCCUGGACAGUCUCCUGGACGGAUAUGACAACAGGUUGAGACCAGGCUUGGGGGAUCGUGAGACAGAAGUCAAGACGGAUAUCUAUGUGACCAGUUUUGGUCCAGUUUCAGACACAGACAUGGAGUACACCGUGGAUGUUUUCUUCCGUCAGAGCUGGAAGGACGAGCGAUUGAAGUUUCAUGGUCCAAUGAACAUUCUGCCGCUCAACAACUUGAUGGCCAGUAAGAUCUGGACUCCUGAUACCUUCUUCCACAAUGGAAAGAAGUCUGUGGCCCACAACAUGACAAUGCCCAACAAACUGUUGAGGAUCAUGGAGGAUGGGACUCUGCUCUACACCAUGAGGCUAACAGUUCAGGCGGAAUGUCCCAUGCACCUGGAAGACUUUCCCAUGGACUCGCACUCGUGUCCUCUCAAGUUUGGCAGCUACGCCUACACAAAGAAUGAAGUGACUUACAUUUGGACGCGGAAUGCCUCCCAGUCCGUGGAUGUGGCGGCCGAUGGAUCCAGACUCAACCAGUAUGACUUGGUGGGCCAAACUGUCGGCAAGGAGACGAUUAAAUCCAGCACCGGUGAAUACACUGUCAUGACUGCCCACUUCCACCUGAAGAGGAAAAUCGGCUAUUUUGUCAUCCAGACCUAUUUGCCUUGCAUCAUGACAGUAAUCCUUUCCCAAGUCUCUUUUUGGCUCAACCGAGAGUCUGUGCCCGCCAGAACCGUAUUUGGGGUAACCACCGUGCUCACAAUGACAACCCUUAGCAUCAGCGCCCGUAAUUCCCUGCCCAAAGUGGCCUACGCAACAGCCAUGGACUGGUUCAUCGCUGUGUGCUACGCCUUUGUCUUCUCUGCCCUCAUUGAAUUUGCCACUGUCAACUACUUCACCAAGCGGGGCUGGGCCUGGGAUGGAAAGAGUGUCGUUAAUGACAAGAAAAAAGAAUCGUCUGUGAUGAAGAAGAACAAUGCCUAUGCGGUGGCUGUGGCUAACUACGCUCCCAACGUCACUAAAGACGCAACGCUAGCCACGGUCUCCAAGGGUGGCCCGAGUGACGCCAACAAGUCUUGCUCAGAGAAGAAACCCGAACAGAACAAGAAGACCUUCAAUAGUGUCAGCAAGAUCGACCGCAUUUCCCGCAUCAUGUUUCCUGUUCUGUUUGGCAGCUUUAACCUGGUGUACUGGGCCACCUACUUGAACAGGGAGCCGGUUAUUAAAGAUCUGGAUCACGCAAAAUGAUCCACAGGGACUCCUUCCAAGUCGCUGAUCAGGAUUUUCCACUUAAUUGUAUUUUUUGUGAUCUAAAAGCUGUUUACAUGCAUAGAAAAUCACCUUCUCACUCACUGUGGGUAACUACUACCACAUCCCAAAUAGGACCUCGUACAUCGUACAGUACGUAACCCCCACUAAUAUCUGCCAAUUUGACCAGGUUCUUUUGUAGCCAUAAGUCAGGGAUCCAACCACCCGGUCGGGGGAAAUCAUUUGUAAAUAACUACACUGAAUGGAUAUCUAUUUUGGAAUUGGGGGGCAUUAUUUUGCUUGUAGCGGAAUAGAAAACAGAUGGAUGGAUGUUUGUUGUGAGUGAAGACCCCGUCCCACUUUGUUUGACGGUCCUUGAACGUUCCAUCUAACUUCCUCCCACGCUGUAAACGUAAGCUACUAUGAUGUAUCUUUCCUUUUCUUUCUUUCACCACCUACGUAUUUGGUCCCAAAUGCUGAUGCAAUGCAUAAAGGUAACAUUCGGUUACGAUAUUUUGUGUAAAUGUUCAUAUUCGUUGGUGUGUCCAGGCUCAUACUGGUGGAUGGUGGGUCUUUAUUCAGUUCAUGCUUUUAAUUGGAUGUUGUUCCUGUCAUACUUUUAAACAACACAUAAUAAUUAAUAUCGCUAUAAUGUAUGUAUGGUUUGCUGAUGUGUUGAAAAUCUGUCCUGUUGACUAGCUAGCGCGCUGCUAUUGCUAGUGCUGCUAAUGCUAUUGGGAUCCAUUCUCAUGCCCUCAUGCUAAGCUACGGUGCAUGCAUGACAAUCGUUAUGCUGGUAGCCCAGGCUCCCGCGACGACAAUCAUUCCUCUGGCAGUCCAGGCUCUCGUGUUGUUUAAAAGACGGACUGUCAACCGUUUGCUAAUCAUGCGGUACGUGGUGCAUGUCUCUACAAUCAUUAAGCUAAGGGAUUAAGGCUGAUUCUUAUCCAUCCAGGAGGCUGAUAUACCUGUGCAACCGCAUCUCUCGCUACCGGAUAUGUGGAUGAUCUGCUUAGUCUUAGACAGUGAUAGUAAUCUGCCACUGAAACUGCUCUUCUGUCGGGUAAAUGCUAAAUGUCUUCUAAUGUUAACCGUAAUGCAGUUGACUUGACGGUAACUAUACCUCAUUUCAGUAAUGUUUGAUUUAGUCUAAAUUUUCAGUUUGGUUAUCAUUUAUGUUGACACUGGUGCUAUUAUGAUACAGAGUUUUGGUACACAUCCCGAAUUCUGCAGGGAUAUUUGACCACAAUUCCUAGAAUUCAUUGAAAUAGUUUGGUUUCCUGGCACAGGCUAGCGAUUCGGGAAGGCCAUUCCAGCAGCUUAGUUCUUGCCCUGCAUUGUACAUUGCAAGUGUGUAUGUGCAUUUACAUUUGUGGUGGUAGUUCAGUCCAGUUGUUGAUUUCAGUUGAAUUUGAAUAGUUUGGAAGUCGUCCAUCUUCAUGAUUCCAAACUACCAGCUGCAGUCAAUCAUGACUCCUAGAACUUGGUAGGGCUCGUCAGUUUAGUUUUUUAAGGCCACAGGUAGCACUACGGCAUCCAAAACACUAAACGUAGCACCAAUACUUUUUGACUUCCAUGUCCUCCAAUUUAGGCUUCUGGCGAGUUGCGUGAACAAAUAACACAGUGCCUAAAGGAAAUAUGAAUAUAUUCACAAGUUGUUCACAUUCUGUGUAGUGGCGUUAGAUACCUGCUGAUCUCCAAAUGCCAUCCAGUCGCUGAUGGUAAUAGAUAGAAAUAUUGGUGCAGAAGAAGGACGGGACUGGUUAGGCUUGGUUAUUGGUUAUCUUGGACCUACCAAAAUGUUCCUUCAGGGUUAGGGUUGGGUUUAGUGCUAAGAUUAGGGCUUAGGGUGAGGCUUAAGCAUUAGGGCCGGGUUCAGUAUUGUUGUUGAAGUUUAAGUCAGAUUACAGCACACCACUGACAUUACUGCAAAUAUUUAUUUCUGAUGUGGUUUUCUUCCCUAAAAUACUAGCAAUUAAUGUCAAAGACAGUGUAUGAUACAUUAGGCCUUCAUAUUAAAUAUGUUCCGGAGUUUUUAUACCUCACAAGAGGAAUUGUUGAAUUUUAAUGGCCACCCACACGGGAGGCGACGUCACUUCUUCACUUCAGGUGUCUUUAGACGCAGGUCAAUCAGCAGGGUUCCAUUGAUUGACCAAUGGGCGGACAGGAUGCUAAUCCGUAUGAUUUUAUGGAGUUAUUUGACAUUUCUAAAAAAACGUUCCAGCUCUACCAAGAGUCUUCGAUCAACAGCGGCCACUUUUCCUCCUCUGAACUAUUUUGCUAUCCCCCAAUCCCCAAUCGCUCGGCGCCCCCCGUGUGCGUGGUUCGCUAUGCGUCGGCCAUGACUUUGGCCGACUGCAGUCGUUUGUCGCCGACUGUGUGUGGCGCCCAUAAUAGUUGACACCCAACUGAAGCGUUAAAAUGGUUCAAAUUGAAUGGCAGUUAGCUACCUCGUUCACGUGCGUUUGCCCGACUAUUUGGGGAAGCCGUUUCUUGGGGUGGUCACAUGACUUUGUACUGUAUAUGUCACCCAAAAACUUAAUGAGUUUGAGUUAAGCACAAAGCUUAUAUUAUAUUAUUAUAUAUUAUACAAAGGUUAUAUUACAAUAUUGGAACAUCCAAAGUGUUAUUCCAGGUUUUCAUGUGUUGAAUGUCCUGUACGUAAAACACAUUUGUCAACAUAUACUAGACACAAUAACUUAUAAUAUAAUAGCUAUAAUAACAAUAUAAUAAUAUAAUAAUAGCUUCCCGUCCAUCCUAACUAAUACUGUACAUGUACAAUUUGUAUUUCUAAUUCCACUGUGAGUGAAGAAGAUAUGCAUUUGAUGUCAAUUUGAGGCCUAACACUCAGUUACAAGUGGGU